GUGUGAUGGGGUACUACCAGGCCCAGCUGACAGACCUGAUUCAGUAUCCUGACUUGAGGACGGAGGUGUUCCAGAGCUUCAGGGAGAUGGGCAAUGCCAUUCUGUUCACUCUGCUGGUGGAACAGGCUCUGACCCAGGAGGAAGUGUGUGACUUGAAGCAUGCGGCUCCCUUCCAGAACAUCAUCCCAAAGCCAUUCAUCCACGUCAAAGAUGCAGAUAAUCGGAAGAAUCGUGAUGAGGAGCUGAAACAAGUGAUGAAACAGCUGGAGAAGAAGUAUGCAGCGCUUCAGAUUGUGUCCGUCAUCAAGAAACUCGGCAACCAGACGCAAGCCGACAUUGCUGCGGAGGGUGACCUGCUGACUCGAGAACGCCUGUGCUGUGGACUGUCCAUGUUUGAGGUCGUCCUCAACCGCAUCAAGUCAUUCCUCAAUGAGCCGCUGUGGCACGGCAUGCCGCCCGUCAACGGUGUCAUGAACGUGGACAAGUGUACCGAGUUCCACCGCCUAUGGUCAGCGGUACAGUUUGUGUUCUGUAUGCCCGUCGGAGAGAAUAAAUUCACUGUGGAAGAGCUGUUCGGUGAGGGACUGAACUGGGCGGGAUGUACUCUGAUCAUGUUGCUAGGGCAACAGCGGAGGUUCGAGUGCCUGGACUUCUGCUAUCACAUACUGCGAGUCAACCGAGUGGACAUGAAGGAUGAAAAUGUCAAGGGCAUUCAACUGAAGAGAAUGGUGGAUCGCAUCCGCAAGUUCCAGAUCCUCAACAACCAGAUUUUCUCCGUUCUCAACAAAUACAUGAAGACAAGUGACACGGAGAGUAUGCCGGUGGAGCACGUCCGCUGCUUCCCUCCCCCCAUUCACCAGUCUCUCGCUACUACCAUCUGAAGCACUGGGGAGCCUAGUGGGUGAAGCGUUAGCUCGUCAUCGAAUAGGGUUUGAAGCCCAUUCUGGUGGUCCAGCUGUGAUAUAGCUGGACUGUUAUUGAAAGCAGCAUGGAAGUAAACCCCUUACUGACACUGUUGCAUAGUAUAUACUACAGGUAGAUAGCACAGGCUUCAUUUUCUGGGUCUCUGAACAGUCGGUACUUCCUUAUGUCCAAUAUUAGCAAAGAAACCUGUGUAAUAGUUCAUUAAAAUAUGUGUACCUUCAACAUCCAAAUGUGGAAGUCAGUUUCAGUAUUUACAAACUGACCAAAAAAUGUGAAUCUGAGAAAGUUGCUGAUGUUGCAGUUUCUGGGUACAAGAUGCUGAACACAUGGUUAUAGAGAACAAAAAUGUGCCAUAAAUGGUUAAUCAGUGUCAUUUAAUUAAUUGAUUUUAUUAACGGCAAAAUUAUUAAUUACCUGCUUUACCAUGCUUGACAUUGUUUCAUAACCAGAAUUGAAAUCUAUUAUAAAUAAUUGAUAUGACACUAUGACUGCAUCUGCCCCAUGUAGGGAGUGUUCCUGAUGGGCUGGGGAUGUGUAGAGGUACAGCCUAUUGAUCAUCCUGUGCAGAGAGCCAGAGAUCUUUGCAUUCAGUUUCACAAACAUUUUCUUGCAGGACUAAAUGGGUCGGUUGGGUUGUCUACUGGUUUAAACCUUUGCUCAUCACACCGAAGAUCCAGAUUCGAUUCCCUACAUGGUACAGUGUGUGAAGCCCAUUUCUGGUGUCCCCUAUCGUAAUAUUGCCCAAAUCGGCGUAAAACCAUACUCAUUCACUCACCCCCAGAAUUAACUAAUGAUAGAGUUGUAAGGUCACAGUGAUGGACUGUUGAACUUUAGGCAGAUGCAUAUUUAAUUUGUUCUAUGAAUUUUAUUUGGAAGGAAUAGGGUAUUUUUUCUUUGCAUUAAUUAAGUCAAAAUAGUUUGCCCUCAUUGAAAUUAUUGUGUAAUAUAUUCCACGUUAUCCCAGUUUUGUACAUCCUCCUUGAAAUCAGGGUUUUGAAGAUAAUAUUCAGCUUAUUAUCUGCCUAGACACUGUGUAACAAUGAUAGUGUCUUAUACUUCUAUUUUAAUUGUUUUUCUUUUGAAUUUGUCCCUAAGAAAUAUGAUGUUAUAGUGAUCAUAUUUGAGUUUUGAUUCCUGGUGAUUUAAGUUACUAUUUUAUCAUAAUUUUAGUUGUCUGAAGUAAAAGUCAACUUGGGCUUGUUAGAUAUGUCUUAAUGAUGUUAAUGACUUGCCAUUUACAGAUCUUCGUCUAUUUCAGAAGUUUAUUUUUAUGACAUGUAUGUGCUUAAUAAUUGCAUUUGUUACCUUUAUUUGUAGCUUGUCUUUGUUUGAGACCCAUGCACAGAUCUGAAAUCAAUGUUGUCCUAGACAUGCCAAAAUAUUUCAUUAAGACAGUAAUCCAAAAAUCAGUGAAGCACAUCCAUGCAUUUGGUUUAUAUUGUUCAGGCUUUGGAUGGAUUAAUUCAUUAAAACAACAGCCGUAAGGGGAGAUUACUCUCACUGUCAUUUGCAUCAUUUAAUAUUGAUAAUUUGCAUAUUACUUUCCAAUGAACUAAGGGAGUUUGUUGAUCAGUCAUCACCAUCAUUUUUUUCAAUUUUAUGUUAUGAUGAUUGCUAUUCAUCUUUAAUCUAAUUGAACUGUAAAAUCUUCAAGUAUAAGGUAUUUGUUUCUUGUAUUUAUUCUUGUAAUUUAUGUACCUUGUUGAUUAGUUCUUCAUCUUCUUGGUGGAGAUGAUGGGCACCUAAUUUGCAGAGCUAUCAGCUUCCUUGUAUCACCUCAUCUUGUCAGUCAUCACUCCUUGGUUGUUGUACCACAGCAUCAGUCUGGUAGGGUUCCUGUGGGGGGCCUUGGAGUAGUGUUGUGGAGAAAUCGUAGCUUACUUUUCAAAAGCCUGGGUUCAAUGUAUGAAGCCAAUGCUUAGUUUCCCAUGCUUGGUUUCUCCAUGCUUGGUUUCUCUAUGCUUAGUUUAUCCAUGCCUAGUGUCUCCAUGCUUGGUUUCUCUAUGCUUGGUUUCUCUAUGCUUGGUUUCUCCAUGCCUGGUUUCUCCAUGCUUGGUUUCUCCAUGCCUAGUUUAUCCAUGCCUAGUUUCUCCGUGCUUGGUUUCUCCAUGCUUGAUUUAUCCAUGCUUGGUUUUUCCAAGCUUCGUUUAUCCAUGCCUGGUUUCUCCAUGCUUGGUUCCUCAAUGCUUGGUUUCUCCAUGCCUGGUUUCUCCAUGCCUGGUUCCUCAAUGCUUGGUUCCUCAAUGCUUGGUUUCUCCAUGCUUGGUUCCUCAAUGCUUGGUUCCGCAAUGCUUGGUUUCUCCAUGCCUGGUUUCUCCAUGCUUGGUUUCUCCAUGCCUGGUUUCUCCAUGCUUGGUUUCUCCAUGCUUGGUUCCUCAAUGCUUGGUUCCUCAAUGCUUGGUUUCUCCAUGCCUGGUUUCUCUAUGCUUGGUUUCUCCAUGCUUGGUUUCUCCAUGCUUGGUUUCUCCAUGCUUGGUUUCUCUAUCCUUAGUUUCCCCAGGCUUGAUAUGAAUGGAACAAUGCUAAAACAGCACAACACCCUACUCAUUCUCUCACUCACUAGUUUCCCUGUGGUGGGAAUAGUCAAGAACAAUUCAUAGCAACAUACUUAGACAUGAAGGAACUGACCAUCAGGACAUCAUCAGACAUCAAAAGAAGGAGUUUAUGGAGUGUUUUCUGCAGCUACAUCGCUAUACAAAUAAAAUAUCCAUAUUUUCUCUCUGUGCAAAUUAACUGCUCAAAUAUUGUAGAUAGUAGGAGACAGGAAAAAUGAGGACAAAACAUCUGUGUUAUUUUCCCUUGAAAUUAAAGUGCUAAGUCUUCCUGUUCAACCCACUCCUAAAUACCAAUCAAAUACUUCAUGUACAUGUUUCACAUUCAAUAACUUUCUCUUGGAGAUUUUUGUAGAUAUGUUUUUUUACUGCGUAAAGGUGAUUGAGUGGUGCCGACAUCACCAGAGGCAAGUGCAAUCAAAUGUCAGAUUUCGGUGUUAGAUAAGUGCUUGGACGUUUUUAUAUGACGAAACAUACCAGUUACCUCAUUGAUGUUGCUAGUCUAUGAAGUAAUUUCCUGUUUGUAUUUUACAUAAGAAUAUUGCGUGUCUGUUCAUACUGAUCAAGAUGAUAAUUGUUAUACAUGAAAACAAAGAUUAGCCACUCUGGUUAUACCUAUGAUGAAAUUAACCAUUGCAGAGUUAUGCCCCUUCGGUGUGUCUGGAUCUUGGAUUUGAAAACAAAUUCUGGUUCGUCUGCAGGCAAUAAUACUGUUUUUGUGGAUCCAACCAAGGUGGUAUUUGUCUAUGAUCCUGUGAUGAGGACCCAAAUUUUCAGCAUCAUAACUACUUAAAGACUAUUUUCCUGAGAACUUUCCUUUCAUUAUGCAAUGGUAGUAUGUUGUGGUUUGUUGCCAUUUCACUGAUAAUCAGGGUGAGUUCAUAGCAUCAGCUUGCAUGAUGCAUUGUAGAAAUGAACCAUGUUUGUGCGGCAGACUAAAUUUUCUAAGUUUGUAUUUUGCGAUAAGUUUGAAUAGACAUAGGCAGUUUUAGAUCCGUUAGUCUUCUAUGCAUAGUUGUGUGGUAGCUAGUAUCUGUGAUAAUUCAGACAUGUUGACUGGCUCAGGGUGGCGCGGAGGCUUGGUUGUCGGCUGUUGUAGUGUUGCUGUGCUUGUCUUUAUGUUUCGUUGUAUUCCUUUUCACAAGAGCUUACUUUGCUUUCAGUAGAUCCAAACACUAGAAAAGAUUAUGCUGGUAAAAUUAUGAAAAUAUCAUAAAACCAUAUUCUGAAUUUGAUCAUUGGGGUGUUGCUGCCAAAUUAAUGAAAUGUUGGUAGCAAUAAUGUUUUACUUUUUGUAACAAUUUUUUAAGUAUGGUGAUUAAACAGGAAUAAUAAGUGUUUUUGAAGACAUAUGUGCUGAAUUUACACUUUUCCUAGGUCAGCAUACGUAAAAAAACAGAUAUUUUGUUUGUUAUUUUAGAAAUAUUCUGCUUGGUCCAUGACUGCAUUUAAACCACAUACACUUAACUCUUGUUAUCUCAAUCACGAUGAACAUCUGUUGGUCAUGAAAUGAAGCCCCAGAUGCAUGUUCAUUGCAAUCCCUUGGGUGAUCUCAAAGCUGAGUUGUUCCUGCUUGGGAUAACAAUAGCCCACUGUUUCUAUGUAUAGAUACCUAGGAGGGGUUUGUCUAGGCUUCUUCAGAGGCUGCAGCAAAUAUCAUUAAGAAAUCCCAAAUUGGUAUUAAACAUUCCCUGAUCAUGUGAAAUAUAAAAUGUUAUAUAAAAUAUAAUGGCUUGGUCAGAGCAGCUAUUUCAUUGAAGUCAGGACCCAUAAUGAGAAGAGGCUUUAAUGCUUAGUAUUACAUUAUUGAAGUUAAUGUUAACAUACAUUUUUUUAAAAGAGGAAAGAAUUUGUAACUUUUAUAAAACUCAAUCUUGAACAAAAUAAAAAAAUCCUGAUUUUGCUUUUGAAGGGCUCCUAUUUUGGAAUACUAGAUAAAUUCCUGACUAGAAAUCAAUACUUAUAUUAAUCUGUUAAAUGCUUAAAUGCUGCUGUAUGUAUAUUUACCGAGUAAGAAAGGAAUUGUUAAUAGGUAGUACACUGUUCUAAAAGCCUAUUGUGUAGCAGGUAGUAUCACCCAGUAUCUCAUCAUGCUGCAAGAUUAUGCUCUUUCAUGUGAACAAUUUCAAUAUUGUACAUUUCCUAAUGCUGUUUGUACAGUUUUGUUCUGAGUAGAAAUCAUCCUGAAUUCUUUUUCAGAAUAUCAACAUUUUUUAAAGACUUUUUCCUAUCAAUGAAUUUAUUAACUAUAUCAUGUAAUAAACAUUUACCAAAUUA